AUGUCGGAUCUUGCUGCUGAAUUAGGUUUCGAUCCAAAUUUAAAGAAGAAGAAAAAGACUAAGAAGGCUGUCCCGGAGGAUUUUGCUUCUACUGUAGAGAGUACUCCAGAUGGCGGCGAUAUAUUUGCAGGUCUGAAGAAGAAGAAAAAGAGCAAGGAGUCAUCCAAGGACGCAGAAGAGGUAGUAGACACUGAAGUCAAUGAACUUUCAGAAGUUUUGGGAGAUUUUAAACUAAAAAAGAAGAAAAAGAAGACUAAGGAAGUUCGAUAUGAUGAGUUUGAUAAAGAACUGGAAAAGGCAGGCGUAGCUAUUGAUGAUUUGGCUAGCCAAGAAGGUUCGGCAUCCAUUCCUGAAUCAGCAUUCCAACAAGAUAUGGGCCUUCCUUAUUCUGACCUGCUAUCUCGAUUUUUUAAAAUAUUAAGAGCUAACAAUCCAGAGUUGGCAGGUGACAGAUCGGGUCCUAAGUUUAGAAUUCCCCCUCCUAUCUGUCAAAGGGAUGGUAAGAAGACCAUCUUUGCGAAUAUUCAAGAAAUUAGUGAAAAGUUACAAAGAUCUACUGAGCAUUUGAUCCAGUAUCUAUUUGCGGAAUUGGGUACCUCUGGUUCUGUUGAUGGUCAAAGGAGGUUGGUUAUUAAGGGUAAGUUUCAAUCUAAGCAAAUGGAGAAUGUUUUGAGAAGGUAUAUUAUGGAAUAUGUUACGUGUAAGACUUGUAAGAGUAUUAACACUGAAUUGAAGAAGGAGCAAUCAAAUAGGUUGUUCUUUUUGGUUUGUAAGAGCUGUGGUUCUACGAGGUCGGUUUCCUCCAUCAAAACGGGUUUCCAAGCCACCGUCAAGAGAAAGAGAUUUUAA